GCCGGCCACCGCCCCCUCGCCGGCGAGACCCGCCCCCGGCCCGCCCCGCCCCGGCGGCAUGGAGGGGCAGCGUUCCUGACGGCCGCGCCGCCGCCCGGGCUCUCGGCUCCUCCCGCCGCCCCCGCUCGCUCGCUCGCUCGCUCGCAUGUCCGCGCCGCCUUAGCCGAGGAUGCUGAGGAUGAAGCUGCCGCCGAAACCGACGCACCCCAGCGAGCCGCCGCCCGACGCGGAGGAGCCCGAGGCGGACGCGCGGCCCGGAGCAAAGGCGCCUCCGCGCCGCCGCCGCGACUGCCGCCCGCCGCCGCCGCCGCCCACGGGCCUGUCGCGGGGCCCCCCUCCGCCGCCGUCACCGCCGCCGCCGCCGCCGCCGCCCCGGGGGCUCGAGCCGCCUGUUGCUGACGGGCCGACGGCGGGCGCGGGCAUGCCGGGCGGCGGCGGGCACGCGGCGGCGCUGCGCGAGCAGGAACGGGUGUACGAGUGGUUCGGGCUGGUGCUGGGCUCCGCGCAGCGCCUGGAGUUCAUGUGCGGGCUGCUGGACCUGUGCAACCCGCUGGAGCUGCGCUUUCUCGGCUCGUGCCUGGAGGACUUGGCGCGCAAGGACUACCACUACCUGCGCGACUCCGAGGCCAAGGCCAACGGCCUCUCGGACCCAGGGUCGCUGGCCGACUUCCGAGAGCCCGCCGUGCGUUCGCGCCUCAUCGUCUACCUGGCGCUGCUGGGAUCGGAGAACCGCGAGGCCGCCGGCCGCCUGCACCGCCUCCUGCCCCAGGUGGACGCGGUGCUCAGGAGCCUGCGCGCACCUCGGGCCGAGGGCUCGCCGGGCAACGUGGAGGACGAGCCGGGUGGCGAUGGCGGGCAGGACGCGGAGAAGGACGGCCUCGGCCCGGAAGGCGGCGGCUGCGCCGAGCUCGGGACUGGAGGCGGGCUUGGCUUCAGGGCCCAGGAGGAACUGCUGCUGCUCUUCACCAUGGCUUCGCUGCACCCGGCGUUCUCCUUCCACCAGCGGGUCACCCUGAGGGAGCACCUGGAGAGGCUCCGCAGCGCGCUCCGCGUGGAGCCCGAGGACGCGGAGGUGGAGCCGUGCAACUUUCCGGGCUCCAGGGCCCAGAACGACUCUGCUUGUGGUGAUUAUAUACAGAGUAAUGAGACUGGCUUAGUAGAACAAGCCCAAAUACCUCAAGACGGACUCACUGUGGCCCCUCACAGAGCUCAGCGAGAAGCUGUACACAUUGAGAAGAUAAUGUUGAAAGGCGUGCAGAGAAAAAGGGCUGACAAAUAUUGGGAGUACACUUUCAAAGUAAAUUGGUCUGACCUUUCUGUCACAACAGUAACAAAAACCCACCAAGAACUACAGGAAUUCCUACUGAAGCUUCCUAAGGAAUUGUCUUCUGAGACCUUUGACAAGGCCAUCUUAAGAGCCCUGAAUCAGGGUUCUUUAAAAAAGGAAGAGCGGCGGCACCCUGACCUGGAGCCCAUCCUCAGGCAGCUAUUUUCAACUUCAUCCCAGGCUUUUCUUCAGAGUCAGAAAGUUCGCAGCUUCUUCCGGUCACUGUCCUCGGAGUCUCAGCACACUGUCAAUAACUUACAGUCCUCUCUGAAGACUUCUAAGAUAUUAGAACACUUAAAAGAAGACAGCUCAGAAGCUUCAAGUCAAGAAGAAGAUGUGUUACAGCACACCAUAAUCCACAAGAAACAUGCUGGGAAGAGUCCGGCUGUGAGCAGUAUUGGGACAAGCUGUUCUCCGUUGGAUGGGCUUACCGUGCAGUAUGCAGAACAGAAUGGAAUUGUGGAUUGGAGGAACCAAGGCUGUGCCACCAUCCAGCACCCAGAUCACUGUGUGACCUCUGUUGACCAACUCUCUGCUGAAAAACAGAGCUUGUCUUCAGUAAACAAGAAGAAAGGAAAGCCACAAAUAGAAAAGGAGAAAAUUAAGAAAACCGAGAACAGAUUGAACAGUAGAGUAAAUGGUAUUAGACUCUCUGCUCCUCAGCAUGCUCAUGGCAGUACUGUGAAAGAGUUGUUGUUUUUAGAUGUGAAUUUGGACAUUGGAUCUGGACAUGACACGUGUGGGGAAACGUCUUCAGAGAGUUACAGCUCUCCGUCUAGUCCACGACAUGAUGGAAGAGAAAGUUUUGAAAGUGAAGAAGAAAAGGACAGAGACACUGACAGCAAUUCUGAAGAUUCUGGGAACCCAUCAACAGCCAGGUUUACAGAUUAUGGCUCCAUCAACCAGACUGUCACUGUGAAGCCACCUGUUCAGAUUGUCUCACUGGGGAGUGAGAACGGGGGCCUUUUAGAAGCCCCAUUGACCUCACACAAGUACCCACACAUCCCCUUCAUGCCAACUCUACACUGUGUCAUGCACAAUGGUGCCCAGAAGCCAGAACUUGUCAUCCCUUCACCCAAGUCUACAGAUGGCAAAACAAUAGGGAUGCUUGUUCCUAAUCCGAUGGCUAUCUCUACAGUGAUGGAGUCUACGAAUUCAAGCCCUGUUGGAAUCGUCGGCCCAGCGGCUUCUGGAGAAUCCGAGAAACACCUGGAACUGUUGGCGUCCCCUUUACCUCUCCCGUCCUCCUUCCUCCCACACAAUAGUGCUCCUGCCUUGCAGCUAACAUUGCAGAGGCUGAAAUUGCCACCACCACAGGGAUCUUCUGAGAGCUGUACAGUUAAUAUUCCACAACAGCCAACUGGAAGUCUGAGCAUCGCAUCACCAAACACUGCCUUUAUUCCUGUCCAUAACCCAGGUAGUUUCCCGGGAUCUCCUGUGGCUACCACGGACCCCAUCACAAAGCCUGCAUCCCAAGUGGUAGGACUAAAUCAAAUGGUGCCUCCGAUUGAGGGAAACACAGGAACAGUCCCUCAGCCUACCAAUGUGAAGGUAGUUCUCCCAGCAGCUGGCCUCUCAGCUGCACAGCCACCAGCUUCCUACACCUUCCCAGGCCCACCCCUUGCUGCUAGUGUGCUCCCCACCCAGAAUUCCACUUCUGCCCAGCCAGCAAGUGCAGGCAUCAGUCAAGCCCAGUCUACAGUCCCUCCUGCUGUCCCUACCCACACCCCAGGCCCUGCCCCAAGCCCCAGCCCUUCCUUGACACACAGUACUGCUCAGAGUGAUAGCACAUCUUACAUCAAUGCUGUGGGGAACACGAACGCUAAUGGGACCAUAGUGCCACCACAGCAGAUGGCCUCAGGUCCUUGUGGUUCUUGUGGGCGAAGGUGCAGCUGUGGGACCAAUGGAAACCUUCAGCUAAAUAGUUACUAUUACCCCAACCCAAUGCCUGGACCAAUGUACCGAGUCCCAUCGUUCUUCACUCUGCCAUCCAUUUGCAAUGGCAGCUACCUCAACCAAGCACAUCAGAACAAUGGAGCCCAGCUUCCUUUUUUUCUGCCUCAGACACCAUAUGCAAAUGGACUGGUGCAUGACCCAGUCAUGGGGAGCCAAGCCAACUAUGGCAUGCAACAGAUGGCAGGAUUUGGGAGAUUGUAUCCCGUGUAUCCGGCACCUAAUGUAGUUGCCAGUGCCAGUGGCUCUGGGCCUAAGAAGAAUGGGAAUGUGUCAUGUUACAAUUGUGGUGUAAGCGGACACUAUGCACAGGAUUGUAAGCAGUCGUCCAUGGAGGCCAGUCAACAAGGCACUUACAGACUGAGAUACGCACCUCCCCUCCCCCCUUCUAAUGAUACGUUGGAUUCUGCAGACUGAACGAGCAAAGCUUGCCUACUUAAUGCACUCAAGUGCGGGGAGUCAUGGGGUGUGGAGGGGAGGAAAGGAAAGGUAUUUUGUUUCUUUGUCUGUACAUUCCCUACAUUUCUAUGCAGUUGGGAGUUUUCAUUCUCUGUAUCAGUGUCCAAAAUAAGACAGAAUGCGAUGCUCCUGAGCCUCGGGUCCUCUGGCUCAACAGCAGGCUUGUAUGAUAUAUGUAACUUAAAUUUCAGACAAACUCAUGAGAAUCGUUGACGUGUGCUUUUUUACACUGAAUACUUGCUGUGUGCCAUGUUUACUGAAUCUUUAAACUGUGUACUGACCUUACUUGUUUUCACAACACUGGGAACAGUCGUAUGGGUUGGGGAAAAGCUGUGCUGCUUGCGGGUUCCUCCCUUUGACCACCCUCUCCCUGGCCCGUGCGGGGGUGUCCUUGUCGCUCGCUCUUCUGUGACCUGCUCUGUGUGAACCAAGGGCAACAUGUCUCACCAUACAUCUUAGAAGUCAGCUUCCCAAGAAGCAUGUAUAUAUGUCAUAAACGACAUCACAUAAAUACAUAGAUGCGGCACUUGUCCAAAUAACAUGAAAACAAGUGGGAGAGAGGAAGUCAGACUGCCGGAGGGAUGCCGGAAAUUUGAAAUGGACAAACUGGCUUUUCUCGAGAGAAGACAGCUUUCCUUCCAUCCUACUUUGUAGCCUGUUGCCUCAUUCAGAGAGACACGAAGUGAACACUAGUGUGAAUGUCGUAUUCUGUGUGCUUGUGUGUGUGACAGGCAACAGCCAGUCCUCUGUCUACCACCGCGACCUGACCAGGCACUGCCUGAGUGAAGAUGUCGUCUUCCUUCCGCCGCACCAGCUGUCACAGUGUGUCAUGUGUUUCCGUGUGUGUGGUCUGUCACAUGUGAACAGAAGUCAGGCGUCGGCUCCCUUACCUGUGUCCCCUGAGCAAAGUCACUUUUCUAGCCGUUUACCACUAUGCUUGACUAUAAUGUGAAAGACUGAGCCCCGGGUGUGUUGAGAUGGUUUUAAUCAUGUCAGGGUCUUGUCACUAAGUUUAAUGCUGCUGGGUUGUUUUGAGUUUUUGUUUUGUUCUUUGUUUUUUAACUUUUUUUUUUUUUUUUGAAAAAGCCAAUCUGUGUACUAAAUUGCUUCCAGGUGAUUGUUUAAUUUCUUGAAGUGCACUGAGGUCAUCUGGGAGGUUGGAUAUGUCUUCGGUGACUGCCACACUCACAGCAGUGAACAAGCACCACCUCCACCCCGUAGUUGUAAGGCUGAGGGGUCAGAGGGUUCCCAUUCCUCAGUAAAGAGUAGAAACGAUUGGCUUGUGUUGUGGGGAAUACCGUUGGGGUGUGGCCGAGGCACUGAAAUGUUAGUCUGCAUUCGGAAGCCUGACAUUGUGGGACAAAGGAAAAAAAAAAAAAAAAAAAAAAAAACUUGAAGAAGAAAGCUAGUUCAACACUUCAAAAGUAGCGUUUAUAUUUCUAGCACCAAUCUACAUUCUGAGACUUCCAGGGGUGGGCACGAUGGGGACAGAAGGGGAAGUGUGACCGGGUAGACAAAGCUUUAAUUUAGAAAGAAAAAAAGUUCAAGUAAAGGAAAUUAUUUUGAUUAAAUAUAUUUUAUUUGAUCUGGGUAUUUUUGGACCACAUUAUUAAAUUGUUAAGCUGCGGUUGCGUUGUUGUUCAGGGGAGAGUAAGCCUUGCACAGGUGUGUUGUGACUCACCUGCCAGGUGUACGUUAUGGGGUUUAUUGUAUGAUUUCAAAUACUGUACUGUACAUAGGAGGUGUGUUACCUUCUCCUUAUCUGUAUGUUUACCAUAUACUUUGAUAUUUGAAAUGUUAUGUACUGGAAAGGCCACUUAUAUUUCUAGGACAGAUUGGAUUUUAUGCAACCUUUUUCCUUGAAUUAACAGCAAUAAAAAAAAAUGAAAACAGCUUAAGAA